AUUUUUUGUUAAGUCGUUGCAAAAAACACUGAUCGGAUGAUUUGGCCCGUUUAAUCACUUUCUUACAAGUGGGGCCAGAUUAUAAGGAGUUGACUUGGCAAAAAAUAACACACACACCCCUGGAUCUAAAAAACAAAAGCAAUCAACCCCUCAUCCUGCCCCCACGCGCACACCAUCGCGGACAAUCCCUACUGUCGAAGCAGCGUGAGCUCGGCUGGCACGGCGGCGCCCUAGCGCCGUUGUCGUCGUCGUUGCCUGCGGGGGCGAAGUGGUCGUCGUCGUCUGAGCCGUUGGCAGAGCACACGGUGAACAACACCCGGAGUGCGAGCCGCAGCCGCCUCCGCUCGCCACCUGCAGAACGCCUCCUGUGGCAGCCAUGAGUGCCGCCGUGACGGCCUCGGCCCUGCGGCCGGCCGAACAGAAGACAACGGGCGAGGCGCCUCCCUCCUCCCGCACAUCAUCCCAACGGUGGAGUCAAUCGAGGGGGCGUGCGUCAUCUGGGAUCUUCUCACGGCGCCGGCCAGGGGGAUCCUCUUCCUUGUCCACGGCUGCCAUUGCCGCCCGGAGAACUUCUGGCCGCCGUCCCAGCUCUGCCCCGGCCACGUCGGGCUGCCGGAGGGCGUCGCCAUCACGGCCCGCGCGCUAUGGAUGCGGCGGUUCGCGGUGCAGCCAUGGGCUCUGGCCGCUUCCUUGUCCUCCCCAUGGCCGUAGCCCUCUCCGUCGCCGACGAGGGCGGCACCGUGCCGGGCGGACGGCAGGGCCAGGGCACGGCAUCCCGCCUAGGCGCCACCGUGCCGGACCGAUGGCACAACACGGCGGCGGCGGCGAUGUUCCAUGGGGAGGGGAAGGGGGGUCUGAUUGCUUUUAUUUUUUAGAUCUGGGGGGCUGUGUGUUAUUUUUUUUGCUAAGCCAAUUCCUUACAAUCUGGCCCCACUUGUAAGAAAGUGAUUAAAUGGGCCAAAUCACCAGAUCAGUGCUUUUUGCAACGACUUAAUAAAUUUUUCGGUGUUUUCUGCAACGGAUUAACGAGUUGGUAGCCGCAAAUGUGGUGGUUUCUUGCAAUUGACUAUGAUGGUGCUGAUGGUUCUGGUGACGACAAGGAAGAGGAUGAGAUGGAGUGUGGCAAGCCAGCCAUGGAAGAGGAUGGGGUCCAGAGGAUCACCGGCUCCACACCAAUUCCGGAGAUUGAUGCGGAGGCAGAUGCCCAAGAUACCGAUGUAUCAGAGAAACCUGAUCCCAUUCCCACCAACACAACGGCAAAAGCGUCCAUAAACAAUGAAGUCCUUGAUGGAGCUGACACUGAUUGUGUUGACGAUGAUGAGGUAGACAGAGGCAAAUCGGACGCACAAUUAGCCAAGGAGAAGAGGGUGAUGUCUACCGAGAAGCUCAUGUUUGAGUCCUUCCGUCGUGACUGGGAGGCUGCGUUUAGCCGACGCAGCGGCCACUUCCUUAACAAGACGACAGUGAGUUCCAUGCAGUUUACACACUUGGCACCUGGGCGCAUCCCAUGGGGCGCUGGCAUAGAACCUGCCGUGCAGAUCUUCUCUGUCAAGCUUACAGAGGUGAAAGGCGGCUUCAAGUUUCCAUUGUCCGUGUAUGGUGUGGUCGCUGCCCGUGAUGGCGUGGACUACAACCGCAACCUUAUCUUCUUUUGCGAUAGGAGCAACUCCCAAAAACUUACUCAAAAUGAUCCUUAUCUGCGCCUGAUCGGCCCAUCUCGCGCUGUUUUGUAUGAGGACUAUGUUAAUUAUGAGGUCCAGCUUAUGGUGAAAGGCAGCGUCAAGUCUCAGGACAGGCCGUUGAUCACGGAUACAUACCGCCAAAUCCGAUGCCGUAUUGGUGUAUCCACCAUCUGCUUUCAGAACUGCUUCUGCGCGAUGGAGUUACGCUUGGAGCGAUUUCUAGGUUCGGUCCAGGCCACCAUCAUUGGCGUACGUGUCGUCAAAGACAAUGGGGCGUGGCCUUUUGGACAUGGUGUUCGGGUUGCUUGCUCCCCGGCAUCACGGGAACUUAUGGAGGACAGUGAUGGUGAAAUCAAGUAUGUUGCUCAGCCUUCGUCUGCGGAAAUCUUGCUGCUUGAUUCAAAAGAUGGAAGAAGACCUGCGGAUUCAGAGGGAUACCUUUAUCUGUCAAGGCAAGUUGUUUCUGUAGAACCAAGCGGACAGCUGGAGGUUGAAAUACAGGCCUAUGCACCACCCGGCGUUCUCCCUGCAAAAGCUCAGGUCUGCUUCGAAGCCCAAGAAUGCAACAUAGACCGUGGUCGGUGUUGCCUCCUCGGUGCCGAGGUGGAGAUCUCUGUUGCUUGGUCCCGUCUUGUUUCGGACAUGGAGAUGCUUGCGGGUGUUGACAGGGAUUUUCAAAGGGACGAACCAGAGGUUGCGUUCACACAAGUGGGGCUGAAUGGAGAGCCUGACAUGGAACGAAUCUUUUAAGAACUGCUUGGUAUUAGCUUGUUGAAGUUCCUAAUCCUAUAGUAGUAUUUCUGCAUCGUGUUUAGUUAUAUAUGUAAGGUGUCCAACUAUGCCUUAUGCUAUGCAUCUGCAUCGGAUUAGCUAUAUAUAUAACCUGUCCAACUAUGACUGAUGCACCAGGCAACUGUUUGUUUGGUUGUGUAUCGACUGUGACUUUUAAUAUGCUGUUUGAAAGCAUUUCUGUGUUGA